AUGGCUGAAGAGAAAAGAAAGGUGAAAGGAUGUUAUUGUAUCCACCAGAAAUUUCAAAGGCAGCAACAGAGAAGGAAAGAACAAUGUAAAAGGAAAAGACAAACGCUCGUCUAUAAUCCAGAGGAGGAAACGUGGCACGAGCCGUAUAUGAGAGAUUUACAAAAGGAAUUCUCAGAUGUAUCUAUAUUGUGCGAUUCGAAAAUUGAAUUGCCGUGGAGAGAUAUUGCAUUACCAGCAGCCGGCAUGAAAAUUCGUCAAGAGGUCUCGUUGACUCCUUUGAGUGGCCACCAGGAGCAAGCUGGUGACGAAGACGCCGGAAUAGAACCAACGGCAGAGGAAUCCAUGGGUACUAUGGCUCUGCCGUGGAAAGAUUUGGUGAUCACGGAAACAGUGCAGCCGAAACAGGCUGAUGUCGAGAGUUACGACACCACGUUGGAAAUUCCAUGGAACGAUCUUGUGCUCGAAAAACCAAUAGAAAUACAAGCUCCAACGGAAGAGGCCUGUGUCAACGAUGACGUUGAAAUCCCAUGGGAUGACAUUUUAAUACCGCGAAAUAUAAUUAUCAAGUCACAGAAAAGAAAAAGUAUUCAUUCCAAGUAUCUACCACGUCAAUUUCAGGUAUGA